UUCACGUUGAGGUAGGUUGGAAUCAUUAUUGCUGAUAAAGAGAAUAGUGAGUUAAGAAAGAUCAAAACUAGAUGACUUCAAAACAAGGCAUCCUAAGCUCAAUAUUUGCAAGACUUUUUCUGGAGAGACUGUGAGGAACUAAAUAAUGUCCAUGUUUGGAUUAAAUCAAGAAAUGCUCCUCUCUUUGCCUCUUCCAUUGUUUCUUAUCUUCACUUUGUUUCUUCUCUUCAAGUGGCUGAAUCGUUCUCAAAACCACCUCCCACCUUCACCGCCAAAACUUCCAAUCAUUGGAAAUUUUCAUCAACUAGGUUCUCUCCCUCACCGCUCCCUGAAAUCAUUAGCCGAAAAGCAUGGUCCAAUUAUGCUACUACACUUUGGAAUCAAACCAACACUUGUUGUCUCGUCUCCAGAAGCGGCCGAAACAGUCCUCAAAACACAUGAUCUCAAUGUUUCAAACAGGCCUAGGCUAAGCUUCGCAAGACGACUUUCAUACGACUGUAAAAGUGUAGGUUUCGCGCCUUAAGGCGAAUAUUGGAGGCAAAUAAGAAGCAUAUGCGUUCUUCAACUUCUCAACAACAAGAGGGUUCAAUCAUUCAGAAAGAUACGAGAAGAAGAAGUCGCGUUGAUGCUGGAUAGAAUAAGAGAAUAUUGCUUGUCCGGCUCGCCUUUUGAUGUUGGCGAGAUAUUCGCCAAUCUCAAUAACGAUAUCAUCUCUAGGGUUGCAAUGGGAAAGAAGUACUCAGGAGAGGAAAGUGGGAGAAAUUUCAAGAAGAUAUUUCAUGAAUUUCUAGAGUUAAUGGCAGCUUUUAAUGUCGGUGAUUACAUCCCAUGGCUUGGGUGGAUUAAUCACAUCAAUGGGUUGGAAGCAAAAGUGAAUAGGGUUGCGAGUGAGUUGGAUUCAUAUGUGGAUAAUAUUGCUGAAGAAGGUAUAAAUAGGCGGAGGAAAUUUGUGAGAUUAAGUGAUGGCGAAAAAGAAGACAAGACACGGGAGCAGGAUUUCUUGGAUGUUUUGCUGGAAAUUCAGGAGCAAAGGGCAUCAGGAUUUGCUCUUCAUCGUGAUUCACUUAAAGCAAUCCUUUUGGAUAUGUUUAUUGGCGGAACCGAUACUGUUACCUCACUAUUAGAGUGGGUCAUUUCUGAGCUGAUGAAAAACAAAAAUGUUAUGACCAAAUUGACAAAUGAGGUGCGAAGAUUUGCCAACGGCAAGCAAAAUUGCAUUACAGAAGACGAUAUCGAAAAACUACCAUAUUUAACCGCAGUUAUUAAAGAGACUUUACGUAUGCAUCCUCCGGCUCCAAUGCUAGUUCCUCGAGAAUCAAGAAAUACCAUCAAAAUCAUGGGGUAUGAGAUAUUUGCUGGCACUCAAGUAAUUAUCAACGCUUUCGCGAUCGGAAGAGACCCUUCGGUAUGGGAUAAUGCUAAUGAGUUUCAGCCUGAAAGGUUUUUGAACAAUUCCAUUGACAGUAAAGGUCAACAUUUUCAGUUAAUCCCGUUUGGAUCUGGAAGGAGAAGUUGUCCUGGUUAUGGAUUCGCUUGGACGACUGUCAAAGUUACAUUAGCAAAUUAUCAACGCUUAACUUCGAUUUUGCAUUGGCGGGUGGAGCAAGAACGGAGGAUUUAGAUAUGAAUGAAAUCUUCAACAUUGUAACCAGGAGAAAAAUACCUCUUAUCCUUAUAGCGAGCCUAUCGUCUUAGUGUGUUGAAUGGAAUUUGUUGCCAAUCACGUUAAAAUGCAUGCUUGGGAUUUAAUAAAAAGUGGACUCAUUGUGGAUUGAAAUAGCUUAGUUUUAAUUGUUGGCUUAUGCAAUUAUAGAACAUAAUAUUAAGCUAAGAAUUCUUCUCGUGGGAGUUUUCUGGCAUGUAUAUGUUCGGCCAGUUUUUGACAAAUCGGGCCGACGAGAGAUAUGAUUCAUGCCCAGGUGUUUUGGCGAAUUUAUAUGAUAUCUAAAAUAGCCUACAAGUGGUC